AUGACAAGUGUUGAUUUAUCACGCAACAGGUUCGAAGGAGAUAUUCCAAACUCCAUUGGAAGUCUGAGCUCACUUGUGUUACUCAACCUGUCUCACAACAGCUUCCGCGGUCAUAUUCCUGCAGAAAUUGCAAAGUUGCAGGCGCUCGAAGCAUUAGAUUUCUCAUGGAACAGACUCAUUGGAGAAAUUCCAGGUCUAUUGUCGAGUUUGACAUUUUUUGAGGUCUUAAACCUUUCAUACAAUCAUUUGGCUGGGCGCAUUCCUAUUGGGAAACAGUUCAAUACAUUUCCAAAUGAUUCAUGUUGUGAAAAUCCUGAUUUAUGUGGAUUUCCACUUUCAAAGGAAUGUGGAAACAAUAAUGUGUCAGAUGAGUCGCGACUUGAACAAGAUGAUGAUGAUGAUUCAUUUUUUGUGAGCGGAUUCACAUGCCAUUCACAGACAUUCAGAGGAACAUGUAUGCACUUUUGA